AUGUUUGACGAGCACAAUGAGUUGGUUAAAUUGUUCAAGACAUCUUUAGAUUUAAUGCCUUCUGAUAACUACCAAGUGAUCAUUCGUUCAUCAACUACCAAUUUAACCCAAUUAACCUUCAAACAUUUCCAGGGUUUGUAUCCCGGAAACCAUGGAGUACUUGCGAAUUCUGUGUAUGAUUCAACGAGGGGACUUUUAAAUUAUGGCUUUGACCUGUUCCAUUACAAUGAGAGCACAUUACCGAUAUGGUCCGCCAAUGAGAAAGCAGGUGGAUAUUCUGGCUGCAUAUGGCCUGGAAGUGACUAUGAAUACCACGGAGUAUCCUGUACGUUUCAAAAAGAACACAAUGGAAGCAUACCAUUUGAAGAUCGAGUCGAUACAAUCAUGAAUUGGUUUACACACGAGCAAACUCCAACAAAUCUGGUCAUGUUGUUUAUCGAAGAGCCCGAUGAACAAUCGCACAUGUACGGACCAAACUCAAUUCAUAUAACGAAUGCAGCAGCAAGAGUAGAUAAUCUCACCCGAUACAUUGAGGACAAAUUGAUUGAACACAAAUUGCAAAAUCGUGUCAAUGUUAUUUAUUUGUCCGAUCAUGGAAUGGUUAGUGUGCCGCCGUCAAAUUUUAUUGAUUUCACAGUAUUUUUGGCAAACAAUACUUACAAUAUCUAUGGUUCAACGCCAGUGUUACAAUUCGGCAAAAGCACCCAAGUCAGCAGAGAUGCCACCUUUUUCCUUCAAGAAAUAGCGACAAAAUUUAUCACUAUGUUCAAUUUUAGCCGUGGAAAAUGAGAUAUUCGUCAAUUUAACCAAAGGUGCUGGGGCAUCGCAGCUCAAAAUUAUCGGAAGAAGUUUAACGUUUCAUUUACAAAUGAAAGUAGGUACGGAGUACAUGGCUAUGAUAAUGCCGAGCCCGACAUGAAUGCUUUUUUCUUGGCAAAAGGACCUCUAUUUUCCAAAGGCAAACGAAUCCGAGCCAUUGAAAUGAUUG